CUCCUGGGUCAGGGAGGGGCCCUGAGGACCUUCUGUGGGCCUGACCUGACCACCCCAGGGUGCUCAGCGCCCAUAGAUCCCUCCAGGUCUUGUGGCCAUUCCCCUCCACCACCCAUGCAAAGCUUUCCGCCAACGGCAAGAUUUGCGUAACAAAAGCGUUGAGAAGAGGAAAAGAGGUGCAGUAGGAAGGGGGGACUUGGAAAAUAUUACAGCCGUGGGGCUCGUGCUUUCUGCUGCGGUAUUCAGACCCGCGGGGAAGAAAAAACUCUUCUCUCGAAGACGUGCAAACGAGAACGCUUUGAGUGUCCGGCAUGCAAAGCGAUGCUGCACACGUCUGCACACGGCUGCACGGCUUCCUGCCACGCUGCGCAGAGCGGGCGAGGGCUCGGGGGGAUGCUCAGCUCUGUUUGCUCCCUCCCUAGGGCAGGGUGAUGGUGGGAGAUCCCCCAGCCUCAAUGCUGCUUUGUCCCCAUGCUGCCCGUGUCCCCGCUGCAUCCUGGUGCUCAGCCGGGUGCUGCCAGCCCCUUCUCUAAGGACGUUUCCUGGGCAGUAAACCCACCUGGCUGCAGAGCUGGCGCUGCGCAGGGCUUUUCCCUUAGUGAUACCAAAAGGGAAAGAAAGAAAGAAAAAAAAAAAGAAAGCCCCUGCAGGCAACCUCACCCCGAGGCCGGGAGGAGGGAACGCCCGCGUGUCCCAUCUGGAGGGGCCAUUGCUGUGGACUUGCGCCAACUGACGCCCUGGGAUGGCUCUUGGUGUGGGGUUGGAGUCUUUGCGUGGCUCUGCUGCUGCUGCUGGCCACGUAUUGCAUCUGUUUCACCUUUGGGGUGAAUGUGGGUACAUUGGAUGUGAUUUAAUACCCCCCCACAGCGGCACUCUGAGGCUCGUUGCCUCCAUCUGGAAGCAGGGAGGGGUCCCAGCUGAGCCCCCUGUUAUCCUGGGGGGGCGGUUUGCUGUCCCGUCCCCACACUGAGCAUCCCCCAGCACCGCUCGCUGCUCCUCCAGGAUCCUCCUCUUGCUUUAGGGUUACAGCUUCCAUGGGCUGUGCAGCAACAGGAGCCGAGCAGCAACAGGAGCCGUGCAUUUCUGCUCUCCACUUGAGCGCUGCAGAAUUGGUGCUCCCGCCCCACCGAGAGCCCUAGCAUGGCGGUGCUGGAGAGCUGAGCACGGCCUCCAGAAGCAAAAGGGGAAUCCAGCCCCCUGUGGGAUAUGGGGCCCAGGCUCGAUUGGUCUGGGGAUGGAGGGGACGUGGGCGGCAGUGGGUGCUGGGGUGGCACGCAGAGGGGUGACCCCCACUCCUUCCUGCGUUCCCAUUGCUGGGAGUUUCCAUGAUGCCCGUACUGUCACCUCAGUGUCACCGCCGCGCUCUGAGCCCGCAGGGACAUUUCCGGAGGCCGUCACCCCCCGUGCAGAGCCACGCUGCCUUCGGGGAGCGGACAAAGAGCGCUCUGUGCUGCGUGGGCACCGGGAAAUCCCAGCUCUCGCUGGAGCUACGGCUUCGCCCCUGAGCCCCCCCCGGGUUUGGCCAAGACGAACUGGGAGCAAUGCUUUCCAGAUCCCUCCCUUCUUGCCGUUGGAUGAUGCUGCAGCUUUUCGGCAACACCGGCUCUCGGCAGCCUGCUGGGAAGGCGGAGGUUGGGGCUUUCCGCAGGUGAGGUGUUGCAGAGGAUGUGCAAAGCAUCAGCUCGCCCCAGUGCAGAGCGUUUCCGCUGCGGCACCGCCUCGCUUGGCGGGGACACGUGGAGCUGCGGCCGCCACCAGGCGAUGGCUUCAGCCAUCUGCGUGCGUCUCCCGCGUGGCUUCGGCAUCCAGACCUCCAGAUGUCUCCUGGGCUCAAAAGCUCCUUUUUUUUUUUCCAUGGUCCUCCGCUUUCUUUUCGCCGGGCACGGCUGGGCGCCGAUCCUCAGCCGCUGGGUGUUUGUGAAUGGGUCCGUGCAGGAGCCCCGCUGGCUGAUUCCUGCUGCAGCUUGGCCGGGAGCCACGCGGGCUGCGCUUCCAGCUCUGCUGCGUCCCCAAAGGUCACCAUUUCCUCCCCGCCAGUGACAGCGCGGCGCUGGGGACAGCAGAUAUGCCUUAGUGCAGAGUGCCAGAGGCUGGCUGCAAUCCCUCGCGAGCUCGAAAAGGAUGUCCAUGAGGAGCCCCGUUUCUCCCCACCUGGAGCUCGAUGGGGCGGGCAGCAUGGUGAACUGCAGCAUCAAGACGGAGGAGAAGAAGGAGGGUGGCUACGAGAGCCCUCCGGGGGCUGCCCCCAGCACUGAGCCCCGUCCCAGCGACCCCCCAGGACCACCGCCAAGAGAGGGCACGGACCCCCAGGCAUUGCCACAGGAGUCCUGCUCGCCCGCUGGCGAUGCGCUGGAGCCGCGGUGCUCAGCCUUCGAGCCGGCUGUUGGCAGCCAGGAGAAGCUGGACUUCAACAGGAACUUGAAAGAGGUGAUGCCAACCAUCGAGAAAUUACUGUCCAGUGACUGGAAGGAGCGGCUGCUGGGCCGAAACGCUGCGGAGACCAAAGAAGUGAAGGGGACUCAGGAGAGCCUGGCAGAGAAGGAGCUCCAGCUGCUCGUCAUGAUCAACCAGCUGUCCACGCUGCGGGACCAGCUCCUGACGGCCCACUCGGAGCAGAAGAACAUGGCUGCGAUGCUCUUUGAGAAGCAGCAGCAGCAGAUGGAGCUGGCACGGCAGCAGCAGGAGCAGAUUGCGAAGCAGCAGCAGCAGCUCAUCCAGCAGCAGCACAAAAUCAACCUGCUGCAGCAACAGAUCCAGCAGGUCAACAUGCCCUACGUCAUGAUCCCCGCCUUCACCCCCAGCCACCAGCCCCUUCCCGUGACGCAGGACCCCCAGAUAGCGCUGCCCAUCCAGCCCAUCCCCUGCAAGCCAGUGGAUUACCCCGUGCAGCUGCUGCACAGCCCCCCUCCUCCCACGCUAAAGAGACCCAGCGGCUCCGGCCACCUCCAGAUGCAGGAGACCUCGCAGCCGCUGAACUUGACGGCCAAACCCAAAGGCUCCGACCUCCCCAGUGCCUCCAGCUCGCCCAGUUUGAAGAUGAGCAGCUGCCAGUCCCUCACGCCGAGCCACGGGGCCGUGCGGGACCUGCAGAGCAGCCCGUCCAACCUGCCCCUGGGGUUCUUGGGCGAGGGCGAUGCCAUCACCAAAGCCAUCCAAGACGCGCGGCAGCUGCUGCACGGCCACAGUGGAGCCAUGGAGGGAGCGCUGAGCCACCCCUACCGCAAGGACCACGUCGCCAUGGAUGCUUCCCCCGUGAAGGAGCGGAUGGAGGAGGCUCCCUCGCACCGCCUGGACGAGGCUCUGCUGGGCUGUGACGUGGACGGAUCGCGCCAUUUCCCCGAGUCCAGGAACAACAACCACAUCAAACGGCCCAUGAACGCCUUCAUGGUGUGGGCCAAGGAUGAGAGGAGGAAGAUUUUGCAGGCGUUCCCGGACAUGCACAACUCCAGCAUCAGCAAGAUCCUGGGCUCCCGCUGGAAGUCGAUGACGAACCAGGAGAAGCAGCCCUACUACGAGGAGCAAGCCCGGCUGAGCCGGCAGCACCUGGAGAAGUAUCCCGACUACAAGUACAAGCCCCGACCCAAGCGCACGUGCAUCGUGGAGGGGAAGCGGCUGCGCGUGGGCGAGUACAAAGCGCUGAUGCGGAACAGGAGGCAGGACGCCCGGCAGGGCUACUUGAUAGGUCCCCAGGGCAGCCAGCUGCCCCCAGGCUCCUCGGAUGUGCUGUACCCGCGGCCGGUGGGCAUGCAGCUGCCGUCCCCGCUGAUGGAGCACUACCUGCCCCGCGGCGUGGACCCCAGCAUGCCCGUCAUCGUCAGCGCGCGCAGCCUGAAGGAAGGCGACGGCGGCGGGGACGACGGGCACUCGGUGGCGGACGGCGAGAUGUAUCGCUACAGCGAGGAGGAGGACUCGGAGGGAGAGGAGAAGAGCGACGGCGAGCUGGUGGUGCUGACGGACUGAGGGGCCGGGCGGGGGGGGGGCAGCGGGGCUGGCUGGCACCAGGCGCUGCGCGGAGGUGGCCCCCGAUGGGAUGGGAUGGGAUGGGAUGGGAUGGGAUGGGAUGGGAUGGGAUGGGAUGGGAUGGGAUGGGAUGGGAUGGGACGGGGUGGCUGCGAUGGGGAGGGCAGGGACCCACCUGCAUGUGCGCUGUUGACCCCGCGCAGCCGGCAGCCACUUGCUGAUGAUGAGAUGAGCAGUGGUGGGUGGUGGUGGGUGUCUGGGUACGUGGCGGUGCCGGUGCUGCUGUAGGGAAUGGGGCUCUGCAGCUCAGCUGAGAGCUGAUGGCUCAGGGAUGCGGGUGCCCAGCGAGCGGUCACCCCCCUGCAGCCCCCAGUAAGGACCUGAGGGGACUGGGAUGCGGGAAAACCUCCGGCCCUCUACUCCCUACCCGUGCCACCCACCACCCCCCGGCCAUGGGGACACCCAUCAGCCCCGCUCGACCCAGCCCUCCCCACCCUACCACGGUUCCCCCUUGGUCCUUGCAGCCUGCCAGUGAAUUCCCACGGAGCCUUUUUUAGCUCUUCCCUGACCCGAGCGCCAGCCAAGGGCACUGAGGAGCCCUUUAUGCUCCCGACCCUCUGUCCCACUUUGUAAAUAAAGCGGGUGCUGUUCCCUGGCCGUGCCCCAGCCCUCGGGCAGCCCCAGUGCAUGGCACCGCGCUGGGUCCGUGCAUCCCCCGGUGCCUCCCCUUUGCACCGCAGCUCCGCGAGCGCAGGCUUCGCCCCGUGCGUCGUGGAAACAGCAAGGGGGAGAGAAAAAAAACAGCAGCCAUUAAAAAAAAAAGUAAUAAUAAUACCCAGCUCCGCUCAGCACCCACGCACCCAGCGCAGGGUUUGCGUGCCGGUGCAGCGGUGGCUGCGCGUGCGGCACCGGGUGCACAAGAGGCAGCGCUGGAGCCCGUGCACCGCCGUGUGGCAGCGGGCAGGCACAGCCGCGCUGCGUGCAUCACGCCCGUGCAAGGGGCUGCAGCAGCACUGCUGCUCCCCUGCACCACGGCAGCCGGUGGGGGCCCUUCCUCUUCGCCCACCCCUCCCCUUUCUCCGGGCUUUAUUUAUUCCCCCCCAUCGCACAGCUCAGGCUGGGGGCUGGAUGCGGCCGUGCGCACCGAGGGGGCAGCUCUUCUUCUCUCUCUCUCUCUCUCUUUCUCUCUUCUCUUCUCUUCUCUUUUUUUUUUUUUUUUUAAAGACUGUAAAUAUAGAUAGAGCUUUAUUUUGUUAAUAAGACGACGAGUAACUUAACCUGUAUAUUUCACAUUCUUGUUUACAAACUGCCCUCCCCACCCCUUGGCACAAUAAAAGUGAUGUUUUGGAGCAGA